UUGUUAGCGGAUCCACUAAACAAAGCCUCAGAUGUUGGAGUCUUUUUUAAUAAUGCGACUCAUAUGUGCAAAUCAAGAAGUUAUGACGAUGGAAACAAUUCCAAGCUUCUCUGUGAUCAGCGAAGAUGUCUCGCCUUUCUGAAGACGAUAUUCUCCGCUUCCGCCGCGAGCAACAGGCGUUGAAGAAAAAGCAAUCUCCUGCCAAGUCCCUAACCGAACCUGAAGGGAGUCACUCUGAGACGGAGAAGAAUCUCGCCCCGAAAAGAAGAAAGAAAAACCAAAGUUCUGAAAAGGCUGCUGAGAAAGCCACCAUUCAAACUCCGCUGGAAAAAUUCACAACCAAAGGGGCGAACCAAUAUGGUUCCUCAAGCGCUCCACCUCCCUCGUGGAAGAACGAACUGAAAGAAUUCGAGGACAUGACUUCAGAAGAAAUUACUUCCUUAUGGGAUUCCCGCAUCAACUUCAACUCUCUUGUGGAGACCAACCUUGUAUUUGAAGCUGAUAAGGAAAAGAUGAGGAAAAUUGGGCUUCAAGAAGCCUGCCAGGCCGUCAUGACUAAAAGUUUGGAAAUUGCUGCCAUUUCCAAGAUGAUAGAAAUUGAGUCCAGCCACUUUGAUGGGCUUUCUAACGCUAAGAAGCUGGAAGAUAGAGAAAAAGAAAAUGAAAAGCUGAAGUCCACAAUGAAGUUGUUGGAAAAAUCUAACAAGGCCAACGAGAAGAAAGCCGCUGACCUGGCUUUAGAACUUGAAAAGUUGAUAAAGACUGUGGAAGAAGGUGAAGCCCUACUGAAGGCGAAGGAAGAAGAAACACAAAAAUUGAAGGAAGAGGCGAACUCCUUGGCCUCAGAAAAACAAAUUUUGAACAAGACUGUUGAUGAUCUUACUGCCGAAACGGCAUCUUUGAAAGCCUCCAUUCUUUCCCAACUUGAGGCUGGCUUUAACAAAGCUAAGGAGCAAAUCCUGUUCCUAAAUCCUGACGUGCCUAUCAAGACUGAAGGCGUUGAUCCUUAUGCUAGGAUCAUUGAAGGAAAAUUAAUCACGCCCAACUUUGAUGAGGAAGAAGAAGAAGAAGAACAAGAAGAAGAAGAAGACAAGGAGAACAACAACAACAACAACAACAACAACAACAAAGAGGGCGAAGGGGAAAGCAAUUGAUCCUUCCCAAGAAAAACUGAAAUGAUGUUUUGUUCCCGUUGGUCUUAUACCAAACGGUUGACUUAGUUUCCUGCUUUUUAUUUCCUGCAUUUCCCGCUUUCAAUUAAGUGUAACGCCCCCCUCUAGUAUUAAUGC